AAUUCAUAAUAUGAAGAAAAGGUUUUGGAGUUGAUGAAGUCCUUUGUAGCUGUUCUUUACUGAGUUUUUGUGCUGUUCGUGGGUCUAAACUGUAGCAAAUCUGGCUCUCCACCAGGUCAUCUGCUACCCUGGCCUCCUCUGACGACGAACAGAUAGGUGGACUGUCUCCACCACCACAAAAAAGGGCACGCCUAUCCUUCGACUGCGAGUCCGAUAUGCACAGAUCAAAACGGACUUCAACAAGAGAAGAUGGGGAAGCAAGCACUUCUAACGGAGAGCACAUAGCCAAUGGCGAUAGUAAAUCGCCUCUGAAGAAGAAGUUAUUGUCCAGAGUAGAGGAGGAUGUCGUCCGUUUGGUCGGCCAGUAUCUACAAGGCUUGGGACUUGAUCAAUCCGUAGAAGCUUUGAUGACAGAGUCUGGAUGCAGACUUGAGCACCCUUCGGCUGCCAAGUUUCGACAAAGUGUAAUGGUUGGCGAUUGGAAUAAGGCUGACGGGAUCCUGAAAGAAUUGAAAAAGCUUGUGGAAAGGAAAGAAGAUAUAUCGAAAAUGAGGUUUUGCCUGUUGGAGCAAAAAUUCCUUGAGUAUUUGGAAGAAAAUCGGCCCAUAGAGGCACUACACUGCCUCAGAACUGAGCUAGCUCCUUUGAAAUACAAUAAAGAACGGUUGCAUCAACUGAGUGGGUUGAUAAUGUGCUCAAGCACAGAGGAACUGUAUGAAAGAGCCAGUUGGAAUGGAAAAGGUUCAGUCUCAAGAGAAAAAUUGAUGGACAGACUGCAGUCUUUUCUACCAGCAUCUAUCAUGUUACCUCCUCACAGACUUCAUACACUCUUGUCACAAGCAGUAGAACUGCAGAAAGAAAAAUGUCCUUUCCACAACACUCUCAAAGAACCUGAUCUCCAUUCAUUUUCMCUUCUAACAGACCAUCUAUGUACAAGGAAGCAGUUUCCAUGUGAAGCAAAAUAUACACUUACUGACCACUGUGAUGAGGUCUGGUUUGUUAAAUUUUCUCAUGAUGGUAAAAGAUUAGCUACAGGAGCCAAGGAUGGUAACAUCAUAAUAUGGGAUAUGACAGAAAAAGUACCUAAACUAUCCAGGACAUUAGAAGGUCAUUCAUAUGGUGUAGCCUUCUUGGCUUGGAGUCCUGAUGAUACUUAUUUAAUAGCUUGUGGGCCAGAGGACUGUGCUGAACUGUGGAUAUGGAAUGUAGAAUCGGGAGAUUUGAAAUGUCGUAUGAGUCAGUCACCUGAUGAUAGUUUAACUUGCUGUGCAUGGAAUCCUGAUGGUAAAAGAUUUUAUACUGGAGGAACUAGAGGACAAUUUUAUCAAUGUGUAAGUAAAUACGGUUUACACUUAUGGGGUCUAAAAGAUAAAGUAUUAGAAAGAAAGUACCAAGGCUUAACACAAGGCUUCUAUACAAUACAUUCAUGUUUUGGUGGAAUAAAUCAAGUAUUUUUAGCUAGUGGUAGUGAAGAUCAUAAUGUAUACCUAUGGCACAUUAAAAUGCAAGAACCUAUAGCAAUAUUAAAAGGACACUCUAGAACAGUCAAUUGUGUUAGCUGGAAUCCAUCAAUACCAAGUAUGCUGGCAUCAGCCAGUGAUGAUGGYACAGUAAAAAUAUGGGGUCCAAAUGAACCAAAUGAACAAGAAAGCACUGCUGUAUAGGACCAUUUGUAAAUAAUAUUAGUUUAAUUAUUAUUGAUAUUAUUAUUAUUAUUGAUUGAACAAAUUUGUAACAUAGGAUGUUUGCAAUAUUUUAAUGAAAUAACAUAUUCCAGGAUACRAGAAACAACYAAAACAACCUACUUUAUACCUUGAUACUAUUACCAGCAUCAAAUAUCAUCAUAUUAUUAUCAUUAUCACUGAUGCCAUCAUCACUGUCAUCAUCAUCAUCACUGGUAAUCACUAGUUUUGUUACAGUUCUAUUAUAUUCYGUCCAGAACCAUCAUUUUCAACUGUAGUAUUAUUGUUCUAGUUCAACAUCCACUACUGUCCCCWCCUGACUUAUGCCAACAUAUUUAAACAUAUCAAACACCAACAAAACUUACAAGUUCCCAUUCAGAGAUGGAUCCAGGGGGUGGUGCAGGGUUGAAUCCAGGGGGUGGUUCAGGGUUGACUCCAGGGGGUGGUGCUGGGGAUGACUUUGUAUGUUUAUGUGCACUCCACCRUAUCAAUCAACCAUAUCACUGUCUAAGUAUUAAAGUUAUGGCUGUAGUUAAACCUCAUAAAUUGAAGAGAAUAGCACACCCUCACCACGCCUUAGGGAAAAAUCCUGCAUCCACCUCAGUCACAUUCAUUGCAUAGUAAGUGUUAAGAUCAGGUCGUCUACAUGUCAGAUUUCUGGUUCCUGAAAUAAAUAUUGUUAGUAAAAUAGUG